AUGUAUUGGCCCGUUGGUGUUCCAUCUGUUUUUCAAACAAAAAAUGGCCCUUUAACGGGCCUGGAAUAUGCGUCAAUGACGUUAGAUGAGAGGGUUUUGGCGCUGAAAAGGCUGUGUAAUGGCACUCAUUUUAUUGUUUUAACGUCGAGACGUAUUUAUAUAUGGCAAUCACGGCCGACCGUGGUUGUUUCAUGUGUUACACGAACAGCUAUUUCAUUGACUCUAUAUGGUGAAAAUAGGGAUAUUUUUGUAAAGCAAGAUUCUCAAUUGGCUGCUGUGAAAACGUCUUUAGGGUUUUUAUUUAUUUACUCGAUAUGUAACAAUACGGGUCAAAAACUUUAUAAAUUUCAUUAUCCUCACUCUAAAUCAUCGGUUUUUGACUUUUUAGAUCUAUAUCGAUCUACUGAAUAUGAUUUUUUGUAUUUGAGAUUCAAGACAAUGAUCAAGGUGGAUUCUGGUAUAUUAUGUAUAAUUGCAUUGGAUGAGUUUUUACUAUUUUCAACAGCCAAUCCACCAUUGAUUCAGUCUUUUUUUUGGUAUAAAGAGUCAAAUCAUACUGUGACGACAUCCGAUCCUCUAGCACAGAUGGAUUGGAUUGAAGAUAAAAAUGUUGCGAUUAAUGAUAUGAUUCAUGAAAAAAAUAUGGAUAUAUAUAUAUGGGUUUCCUUGAAUAGUAAGGCAUACUUUGUUCGAAGAAGUCCUUAUAUAAAAUCUAAAAAUCAAGAAAAUGUUAAAAAUUGGACUGGUGUUUGUUUCUAUGUUCCAGAAACAGAAGAGGACUAUAUCGUUAAAACGGAUAUAAAUAUGCAUCUGUUGUUAAUUGCUUUUGGAUGUAAAAAUGGGAAAGUUAAAUUGUUUCACUAUAAAAAAAUUAAAAACCUAAUAACUCAUUUACAUACAGUUGUUUUAGAUGAUUUUCAUGUAACUGGGAAUAUUGAAUGCAUGGCAUGGUCUGAAGAUGGUUAUGUGUUUUUUGUAGGAUUUCAAAAUACAUGGGCUUUAUGGAGUGCUUAUGGAUGUUUAUUAUCUUCUGGUCUAAGGGCUGAACACGUACUUGAAGGAUUUUCUGAAGAAAUAUAUACGGCAGGAAUUGGUCAUGUUUUGUGGCUUAAUAAAGGAAGUGAUUUAAUUAUAAUUAGCAAUAAGGAAAAAUCAACAAGGAAAUUGUGGAAGUUAAAUAUGGCUAGAGGUAUUCCGUAUUCUUCUCUUAAUCCUGAAAAUUCAAUUAAUUUUAUUUUGCAAAUUUCAGAUCGACUUCUUGUUUAUAAAGGCUAUGAAAAAUCGGACAUUGACCUAAUAAAUCCUGAAGAAUGUCACUGGCAACAAAUUGAAAUACCACCAGAUUAUUUUCGUAAUAAUUCUUAUAUAAAAUAUAGUGCUUUAAGUCCAUGCGGACAAUAUUUGGCGAUAGCAGGAUAUCAUGGAAUAGCCUAUUAUAGUUUCCAAGGUGAAAAAUGGAAAAUAAUUACUAAAGAUUUGAAUUCUAAUUUUCAUGUUUCUGGUGGAAUGUGCUGGUAUCAUCAUGUAUUGAUUGCAUCUAUACAAAUUCAUAAUACUUAUGAGUUGAAAUUGUUUUCUAGGAAAAAUACAAUAGAUGAUAUUCGGGUUGUGUUUGCUAUAGACAUGAAUGUUCCCGUGCAUUCAAUUACUAUAAUAUCAGAAAAUCUUCUAUUAUAUACUCAAGAUAAUUCUGUUUUACAAUAUCUUAUUAUUAUGAAUAACAAAAAAGUCAAGCUUGUAUUUGUUGGAAGUAUUAGUUUAAAAGAUAUAGUUUAUUCCUUUAAAUCUUUAAGAGCCUUUACAUGGUGUUUUUUAACUGAUCAAACCCAAGGAACUCUUAUAAAUAAUAUACACAUAGCUAAUAUUAUCAUUCUUUUGGAUGAUAAGCUUAUGUUUUUGAAACCUAAUAAAAAUAAUGAUUUAUCAGUAAAAUAUCAUGUUUAUUUGUUUUCAGAAAAGGUUGAGUAUUUUCUAUUUGUCAAUCAUUCAUCUCAAUAUAUGAAACCUUCAAUAUGGGCAUUUUGUGGAACAGAGAUUAAGAUAUGGAUGGAUUUCUCUAAUACAAUUAUUGAAGAUAUUAAUACUCUCGGUAAUCAAGAGAAUCUUUUGAACUUAAAUAGUGACAACAAUUUGAUUACAAUUUCUUUCGAUCUUUAUCCUAUCUUUUUAUUAUUAAAUAAAGGAAUUAUUUUAGGAAUAAAAAAUGAUAUAAUUCGACAAAAAAAUUUAGAUUAUUUUGAUUUUAGGAUUAAUGCUGUUGCAAAACCUGUUUUACCGUAUAUUUUAGAAAAAUAUUUAUCUAGAACCAGAAUUGAGGAAUCUGUUAUUUUGGCUUCUAAGUAUCAAUCAGUAAUUUAUUUUAACCAUAUGCUUGAAUUGCUUUUACAUAAUGUAUUAGAAAAAGAAGUUGGUUCUUCAAAGAAGUCUGAUGAUCUUUUGCUUCCUAAAGUAGUUUCUUUUCUAAAAUGUUUUUCACAAAUGCUAGAUAUAGUUGUCGCAUGUGCACGUAAAAUGGAAGUCUCUUUUUGGGAGUAUUUUUUUAGUGUUGUAGGGUCUCCAAGAGAUUUAUUUGAAGAUUGUAUGAAACUAGGAAAACCGGAAACUGCUGCGGAAUAUUUGAUUAUAUUGCAUACUAUGGAAGCAUCAGAUGAUCUCAGUAAAGAUAUUAUGAGAGUUUUAGAAAAUGCAAUACAAUUUAAAAAAUGGAAGUUAUGCAUGGAAUUGGCUCGGUUUUUUAUUUCAUAUAAUAAUGAUGAAUUGGCUUUGAAAACGUUCACAUUGACUCUUGAUAUUUUUAAAAAUAUGCCAUUAGAGAUAAAAGAAUAA